UGUUGUGCCAAGGUUCACUUCGUUGGGAAACUCCUAAAAGACGGCCGCAUUACCUCGAUUAAAAUCAGCCUUACUGUAGAAAAACCUUUGUUACUGACUUGGAAAUUGUAUUUUUAUAUCAACUGAAGUUUGUACAACAGUUUUCUGUACGUGUCACAUCGCUGGACGUCGUUAUUUGUCUCAUUUUCAGCACUUUAUCGUCGCUAAAUCUGCCCAUCCCGGCGCUUGCUAACGUUAGCUCAUCGGCUAGCCACCAUUCACUCUUCGAAGAAAGAAUCGAUUAAUCGUUAUCACAGUCAUGGAUCGAACAGGAGUCACUACAGAAACACCAAAGAGCCCGUGGGGUUCGGUGGCCCCGGCCACUCCGGCCUGCUCUCUGGUUGAUGUGAUGAGCGAGCAGCUGGCCCGACAGCUGGACGAGGAGAACAACGCCUUCCCUGCGCUCGCAGAGCCCGGAGCAGAUCUGUUGCUGUCGGACGAGGCUCCAGACACGACCAGCGACCUGAUGCUCGCCCAGAUGUUACAGAUGCAGUUCGACCGAGAGUUUGAUGAUCAGCUCCGCCGCGAGGAGAAGAAGUUCAACGGAGACAGCAAAGUGUCCAUCUCCUUUGAGAACUACAGAAUGGUCCAUCCAUAUGAAGACAGCGACAGCUCGGAGGACGAAGUCGACUGGCAGGACACAAGACACGACCCCUACAGAGCCGAAAAGCCUCAGACGACGCCCCGGAGAGGUUUCACCGGGAAAGGAAAGAACAUCACCACCAAACACGACGAGGAGACGUGUGGUCGCAAGAACACGGCUCGUAUGGACAACUUUGCCCCUGAGGUCCAUGUCGGUGACGGGCUGGGGAUGGACCUGAAGUUGUCCAAUCAGGUGUUUAACUCUCUGAAGCAGCACUGCUACAGCGAGCAGAGACGCAGCGCCAGGCUGCACGAGAAGAAGGAGCACUCCACCGCCGAACAAGCGGUGGACCCUCGCACUCGUCUGCUCAUGUAUAAGAUGGUGAACUCUGGCGUGCUGGAAAACAUCAACGGCUGCAUCAGCACUGGGAAAGAGUCCGUCGUCUUCCACGCUGACGGAGGGAGUCUGGAGGAGCAGCCGGUCCCGGACGAGGUGGUGCUGAAGGUUUUUAAAACGACGCUCAAUGAGUUCAAGAACAGAGACCGCUACAUCAAAGACGACUAUCGCUUCAAGGAGCGAUUCAGCAAACUGAACCCGCGCAAAGUCAUCAGGCUGUGGGCCGAGAAGGAGAUGCACAACCUGUCCAGGAUGAAGAAGGCGGAGAUCCCCUGCCCGGAGGUGGUGCUGUUGAAGAAACACAUCCUGGUGAUGUCGUUCAUCGGUAAAGACCACGUCCCCGCUCCCAAGCUCAAAGACGCCAUGUUGGGCUCAGAGGACAUGAAGAACGCCUACUACCAGGUCCUACAUAUGAUGCAGCAGCUGUAUCAGGAGUGUAAUCUGGUCCACGCUGAUCUCAGUGAAUACAACAUGCUGUGGCACGAAGGGAAGGUGUGGUUGAUCGACGUCAGUCAGUCCGUCGAGCCGACCCAUCCUCACGGCCUAGAGUUCCUCUUCAGAGACUGCAGGAACGUUUCCACGUUUUUCCAGAAGAGAGGAGUGAGCGAGGCGAUGAGUGUGUACGACCUUUUCAACGCCGUGACCGGACUGAACAUCCCCGUCGGAGCAGAAGACGAAGCUGAGUUUAUAGCUGAGAUCGUGGCGUUGGAGAAGAGGAACGAGGAUCACGUGCAGAAGCGAGGGAAGAAAACGUUCCCCGUCACCUCUGAAGACGACCACCCUCCUUUAAAACCCGACGCUGACGACUAACGCUCGCCCGGCUCGCUCUCUCUUCACGAUCCCGCCGUGUUGAAAACGCUGUUAAAGAGGAGAUGAACGGAGGAGGACCCGGCGCUCUCCCCCCUCCACCACCCACCGACCCUCCCACCCUGCCUCCUGUGGACGGGUGGGGCGGAGCGCCUCCUCCUGGCUGCAGGAGGAACGAUUUCACCCAGUUGGACGUUGAAGUCUGAGCGUCCGGGCUGAGAGGCUCCAGCAGGGUUUUCUGAAUAUCAGCCCAUACUGGUAUUUAUCACAGUAUGUGUUUCUGUACGAACUGUACUUUGUUCCAACUCUCAGAGAAAAAUCUGUUUUCAAUUCUAGUGUAAAACCUGAAGUCGUCAGGAUGACGAAAUAAAAUAAGAUUCAACUAUUUUCUUCAGAUAAUGUUACAACAACGACUGUAGCUGCAGUGAGAGCAGUAACUGAUCUGAUGAAGUGAAAAAAUCCUAAAAAUGUCAAAAUUGGGUAAAUAUCCGCAGUAAAUAUGAAAUUCAGAUGCUGCUUUUUAAAGCCAAAAAGGCACGAACUCAGUUUCUUUAUUCGUCUUUUCUUUUUGGUUUUGCUUCUUUGCUUCUUCAGCUUCAUCCUUUCAUUAUUUACUCUGGUGUUUUCUGUUUAACUGAAAAACCCAAAUAUCUAAUCAUGUAACAGCCUGAAGCAAAAUUAAAAGUUAAAUCAUUUCUCCUGAGAAAAAACCCAAGAUUUCUAAGAUCAGAGUCGGAAUUUUUUUUCAACCUACAGUCGCCAUAAUACACAGAAGAAAUGAUGAAGAAGUUAAAUUAUAAAUCAGACAGAAUCUAUCAUCAGGAACUAUAAGUUUAUUAUUUUCUUUAAAGUGAAACGAUGCACUCAGUCUCUGACGUGGAAUAUUUUAUUAACUAUUCAAAUUAAAGUGCAGAAAAAAACUUUUAUUCUAAUCAAACAAAUGCAAGUAAACUAGUUCUUCUAGCUUGGUGCCGUUAACUGUAACUGACGGCGGCUGGUUUAAUAAGAGGAUGGAGUGUGUGAAGUUUGUCUCUGCCUCUGAGGCCUCACAUUGUAUGGUGAUAAACUAAUGAAAUGCUUCAUUAUGUGAAACUGCCUUCAAACCAGUGGUGACAUUAAAAAUCAACAAUAAAAACAAUAAAAACUG